AUGGUGCGCAAGAAGGGCGGCGCCAAGAAGGGCAAGGCGCCCGCUCGACCUCCCAAGCCGCAGCAGGUGGUUGACACGACCCAGAAGCCAGCGGUGUGGCUGCCGGGCGACGCGGUGGAGGAGGGGGAGACGCUGCAGUACGACCCCACCGCCUACGACUGCCUGAGCAGCAUGAGCCUGGACUGGCCCAGCCUGUCGUUUGACAUCCUGCGAGACCACCUGGGGGCGCCGCGCUCCGCCUUCCCGCACACGCUCUUCAUGGUGGCGGGCACGCAGGCUGGCAGCGCCAAGAGCAACUACCUGGCUGUGAUGAAGGUCAGCGGCCUGGGGCUGAGCAAGGCGGCUGCCGAGCGGCAGAAGCAGCAGCAGCAGCAGCGGGAGCGGCAGCACAAGGGGGACGACUCCGACAGCGAUGAGGACAUGAUUCAGGGGUCUGAUGCAGAGUCGGAUGCAGAUGAGGAGGAGGCGGAGACUGCGCAGCUGCACAUCCGCAAGGUGGCGCACACGGGGGGCAUCAACCGCGUGCGCUCCUGCCCGCAGCAGCCGCACGUGGCGGCCUCCUGGGCUGACACAGCGCAGGUGCAGGUGUGGGACCUGGGGGAGCAGCUGGGGGAGCUGCGGGACGAGGCGGCACCGGCGGCGGGGGCGCAGGGCAAGGUGCACCGCGUGAAUGCACGGCACGUGCACACGCACAGCUCGGAGGGGUACGCGCUUGACUGGUCGCCCGUGGCGUCUGGGCGGCUGGCGUCGGGCGACUGCCGGGCGAGGAUACAUGUGUGGGAGCCGGCGCCGGCGGGCAAGUGGGUGGUGGGACCGGCCUACAGGGGCCACGAGUCGUCUGUUGAGGACCUGCAGUGGAGCCCCACCGAGGAGACGGUGUUUGCCUCCGCCUCGGUGGACAAGACCGUGCGCAUCUGGGACACGCGGGAGCAGAGCAAGUCGAUGCUGUCUGUGGCGGCCCACGACAGCGACGUCAACGUCAUCUCCUGGAACCGCGCCACGACAUACAUGCUGGCGUCUGGCGGCGACGACGGCGCGCUGCGGGUGUGGGACCUGCGAGCCCUGCGGGAGGGCGGCGCUGUGGCCAACCUGUGCUACCACCGCGGGCCUGUGACCAGCGUGGAGUGGUGCCCGCACGAGGCCUCCAUGCUGGCCACCACGGGCGCGGACAACCAGCUGGCGGUGUGGGACCUGGCCCUGGAGCGGGACCCGGAGGAGGAGGCUGCGCUGGCGCCGGAGACCAAUGCCCUGGCGCCCGACAACCUGCCGCCGCAGCUGUUGUUUGUGCACAGCGGGCAGCACGACAUGAAGGAGAUGCACUGGCACCCGCAGAUCACGGGCCUGAUGGUGAGCACCGCAGCGGAUGGCUUCAAUCUGUUCAAGCCGUACAACGUCUGA